AUGGCAGUCCCCAUCGAUGAGAAGCACAUAUACUACCCACGCAAUUCGGGUGAUGCUACCUCGGUUUUCAAUAUCCUGAAACGAUGGCUCCCGUCCGAACUUGUCCUGGAGGUGUUAGAGCAUGCCGAAUACUGGCUUGUAUCUCGGAUCUCUAGGGCGGAGGAAAUGCAGUAUAAGGAGAGGGACUGCCAUGGGCAAACACCAUAUUUGACAGCUGCACCAAUUCAAGGCGAGCGGUACCCCGUGAAGAAGAUCCGAAUCACAAUCUGGAGUCAUGACCAGGGGUGGAGUAUCUACCCCCAGGACCAUGGCACCUUCAACAACUCUUGGACAUGGUUUGACCUUGGUAUCACCAGACCAGCGGGGAGAGAAGAUAUCUCUAAGGACGCUAACUUGCGGCUGGCGACCAAUGUGCAUGCAAGCAAGAAAACAAUGUGCCAUGAGAUUACCUAUCGCCGAGAUCAGAACCUGCGGUGGGUUCAAAAUCUUGAACCUGGUGAUAGCAUCUCUAUCAUUCCUCGGGCGUUGUUCCCUGGCUGGAGGAACUUUGUCGAAAAGGCCUGCAUUGAGAUCUACACCACACCUAUUCUAAUUGAGUAUUAUGUUAAUCGAUGCCCACGGUCGUACCCCACAUUGGCCAAUAAUUCAGGGGCUACAAGGAGAAAGGCGAAAAGAUUGCUUCGGAAAUUCCUGGGCGCGGGUCGGAAGCUUUAG